GGGGAACCCUAGGCGAUCGGAUCCAUCCUCCCCGGCCGCAGGUUCCGCCACCCCCUGCAGCAACACAACCCCGCAAUCCCCUGCCCCGCCGCCGGUCCGAACCCCUGCCGUCCGCCGCCGACCACCACCGCGAUCGUUCGUUGCCACCACCUGCGCUGCCUGGGCUAUUAUGCCUGGCUGCGUUUUGGGCGAAAUAAUCUCGCUGGAGACAGAGGCGGGAGAAGAGUCGUCGAUUUCGUUGUGCAAUCGGGUAAGAGAGGAGGAGUUUGAUUGCUGUUUGUGCGGCAAGCGCAGUCCAAAAGGAGUAAUUAUUAUUCGGAGUUUGUGUGUUGAGAAGUUGUAACCAGAUACUCCUCCCUCUCCUCUAACAAUCUCCUCCCUUUUGGAGGAGAGCCGGCCCAAAUAAACAAAGGAGUGGGAGGAGUAGGAGGGGUUGCUCAUCUAUCGAAUAAGUUGGCGUCCCUGAUUUGUUUUUCGCCGGCGAUUAGUCUGCUUUGUUGCGCCGGCCCAAAUGAACAUAGCAGGAGCGGAGUAUUCGAAUAAGGCCAGCUCAGGCGUCCGCCAUUGUCACAGAUCCAAUAAGGUCGAUCCGAUUAGCGCAUAUCUCCCGACAUCAUUAAGGCCAGUUGUUGGUCCGAUCAGCCACAAUAAAGCGACUCGCAUUGAAGACGCUGCUGACGAUGGAGACGGGGACAGACUUAGCAAGCUCCCAAAUGACCUUUUGCUCAACAUUCUGGAGAGGGUGGACACACUCGAUGCAUUAAGGGCCUGCUUCCUCUCCAAGCAAAUGCUGAAGCUCCCCACCUUGCUCUCGCAACUCUUCCUAAGCGCUGGUUCCAUUCCAGGUCACCAUGAUUCAGCUCGUGUUUUCAGACCAAGUGAAGUACUCCGAACCAACCGCGCUGUGGCUCAUGUAACGGGUAACAUAUUGAGCACAAGGAGCCCGGAGAUCACCAUCAGCAAACUCAAAAUCAAAUUCGUCUUGACACAGCAUGAGUCUCUCACCAUUGGCAAAUCUGUCGCGCGUGCGAUGGCAACCCAGAAGGUUGGCGAAGCCGAGUUUGAGGUCACAACGGACAAGGCUUAUAAGAUCUGCUCUCCUGCUGAUUUCCUCCACUUUGGGAAGCAGUUCAAUGAUUUUGUCGGUGCUUGUCCGGAUGCAUUUGCUGGCCUUACGCGCCUGUGGCUGCGCAAUAUGAGGUUUGGUGAAUUCGACAUCCCCAACAUCCUCAGCACUUGCAAGCUCUUGGAGUCUUUGCGUUUAAGCCAUUGCGAUUCAGGGAUCCAUUCUGUGCUGCAAGUAGAACAUGCUCAACUUGCUGAGCUCGAGAUCGACCAGGGGAAAUUUGAGAGAGUUGAGCUGAUAUGUCUACCAAAACUCCAACGUGUGAGAUAUAAUAAUUGGUGCUCUUAUGAAGAUCCCCUAUAUUUUGGUUUUGCACCACAGCUUUCGAAGCUCAUCCUCACUAAAACUGCUGUCCGUUUGCAAAAGACCCUUGAGUUAAGUCAGCUCCUUGCUAAUGUUUCUUCCAUAAGCGAUCUUCAUCUGGAUUUUAGAAGUGAAAAGAUUUGGGUCCUGCCAGAAUGCCCAAAACUGCUCACGCCUGUGCUCAGCAAACUACAGCAUGUGAAUCUGGACCAUCUUCCUGAAGGCUGUGAUUUAGCUUGGACAAUGUUUAUUCUUGAAGCUGCACCCUCUUUAAAAGAGCUGUGCAUCACAUUAUGGGAUCAUUGGUGCAUAAUGGCGACAGACAAUGAGUUUCGGAAGAAAUAUGGUUUCUGUGAAAAGAUCGACAUGAAGUGGAAGCCAUAUGCCCCUGAUUUCAAGCACAAGAAUCUGGCUAAGCUCACCAUCUAUGGCUUCCAACCCGACGACAACCUUCUGCGAUACAUUAGGUCUGUCAUGGAACAUGCGGUUAAUAUGGCAGAGAUAUCUCUGCAUGACAGGAAGGUGUGUGUGAGCUGUAGUGACUCGGAUUCUGAGAUCAAGGACAAGUUUUGUACAUCAAGAUAUCCACGAACUGCCGAGAAGAGGAAGCAGACAACCGAGGAGUUAGGUUCGCUUGCUAUGAUUCACUUCAAGUCCUAAUUCAAAAAAUGUUUUUCUUCGAAAAUCACCUGUUCUAUCACCGAUUACUUGUAUUAGAUUGGCCAAAUUGACGACCUAGGAAACGCCCUAUAAACUGAGAGAGUAGUAGUAAUCGGUACUAAAUCAUCGAUUAAUCAAUGAAUAGAGACAGACGAGCUAAAAAUUAACUUAGCCAGUAGUAAUGCAUGUUCAGCAUUUUAUUUGGUAGCCAACAGGAACAGUUAGGAUUGCAAAUAAGGUCUUUUUAUUCUGUAGCCAACAGAAACACAUAGGAUUGCGAUUAAGAACAAAUUAGUCAGGCUACUUCCAAUGCAUUAGUGUUUAUAUGAGGUGCUAAACAUAUUAAAAACUUUAGCAACUAAAGCCCUCAAUACAUAGGUGCUUAACUUGUUGGUGCUAAGCAUCCUUUAUUUAAUGAUUUUACAACUAAAGUUCUUCA